UUGGGGGGGGGGCCUCCAAAGUGCCGUGUCGGGGUGGGGAAACAAAACGAUGUUCUGGUCCUGACUGAAACCGAACGGAUUAGCCAUCUAUUCUGAGCGCUAAUGGGAUUAGAGGGUCAGCGCAGACAUGGGCAACGGCAGCGUGGUGCCUUUUGUUGAGCUCCUCGGGGAGAGCCUUCCCCCCCGUCAGUUCCUCAGGGCUGGAAAUGGCGUUGCGAUGCUGAGCGAGGGAGACGCAGCGCGGGCGGAUGCCAGGGAGUAGAGACUUGCGCGGUCACCUGUGCCGGUUCGUGGCGUGGAUUCGCGGCUAGCGGGCAGAGCGACGCACCAUGAAAUACCAAAAAUACAUCACUGUCAUGCAGAUGGCCCUGGGAGUGACUGCGUCCAACAAGGAGCACUGCCUUCCCCCCAAGAGACGGAUGUGGGUUACCCCCAGCUCGGACACCUCCACCACUGGCGCCUCAUCGGUGAGCGCCAGCCAGGGCAAGCCCUCAUUGCGCCGGAUCAAAGGCAGGAUCCACCGCAGCAAGAGCCUGGAUAGCAUGGACCUGCUGGACUGCAACAGUGCCACAAUGGAAGAGACUGUCAUCUGGGAGCAGCACACCGUGACUCUGCACAGGGCUCCUGGGUUUGGGUUUGGGAUUGCCAUCUCUGGAGGCCGAGAUAACCCCCAUUUCCAGAGUGGAGAGACUUCCAUUGUCAUUUCUGAUGUUCUGAAAGGAGGGCCAGCUGAAGGACUUUUGCAAGAAAAUGACAGAGUGGUAAUGGUCAAUGCUGUUUCCAUGGACAAUGUCGAACAUGCGUAUGCUGUGCAGCAGCUCCGGAAGAGUGGAAAGAGUGCAAAAAUUACAAUACGGCGGAAGCGGAAGGUACAGAUCCCAGUUGCCCGACUGGGUGAGCGGGAGACCAUGUCAGAGCAGGAGGAUGAUGAUGACAGCUAUGAGGAGAUGUAUGAAGGGCAUAGUGCUCGUAGUGGUCCCAGUGCUUACAGCGGGACAGGCCGGACAACUGGGCGCCGAAGUGAGCGAGGGGCUGUCCGUCGAGACCGCAGCGCCUCCCGAGAGAGGAGCCUAUCGCCUCGUUCUGAGCGCCACUCUGUUGCCUCCAUACCUCCACCACGCCCUGCCAAAGUCACACUGGUUAAGUCCCGCAAAAAUGAAGAAUAUGGCCUACGUCUGGCCAGCCAUAUCUUUGUGAAGGACAUUUCCCCUGAGAGCCUUGCUGCACGGGAUGGCAACAUCCAGGAAGGGGAUGUAGUGCUGAAGAUCAAUGGCACAGUGACAGAGAACUUAUCCCUGACUGAUGCCAAAAAGCUCAUUGAGAGGUCAAAGGGCAAGCUGAAGAUGGUAGUGCAGCGAGAUGAAAGGGCAACGCUGCUCAACAUCCCUGACCUGGAUGACAGUGUCCCCUCAGCCAACGCCUCUGACCGCGAUGACAUUUCUGAAAUUCACUCACUGGCAUCAGACCAUUCCAAUCGAUCCCAUGACAGAACCCAUGGUGGUCGGUCGCGCUCCCCUGACAGGCGGUCUGAGCCCUCGGAGCAGGUCAGCAAUAGCAGCCACAGAAGUCGUGAGGAAGAGAGGAGUUCAAAGCAAGGCGGUGUUUCGACUCCUGUUAAGUUAGCGGAGGAGACUUUAAGCUCCAAGCUCAGCGAGCAGCCAGGGGCCAAAGAGGAGAAACCGCGGCCCCCAUUACCAGAGCCCAAACCCGUGUACGCGCAACCUGGCCAACCUGAUGUGGACUUGCCUGUUAGCCCAUCUGAUGCUCCCAUUCCAAGUGCAGCUCAUGACGACGGUAUCCUUAGACCGAGCAUGAAGCUGGUGAAGUUUAAGAAAGGGGAGAGUGUGGGGCUGCGGCUGGCCGGGGGAAACGAUGUAGGCAUCUUUGUGGCUGGGGUGUUGGAGGACAGCCCUGCUGCCAAGGAGGGCCUAGAAGAAGGAGACCAGAUUCUCAGGGUAAACAAUGUAGACUUUGCAAACAUCAUUCGAGAGGAAGCUGUACUCUUCCUCCUUGAUCUUCCUAAAGGUGAAGAGGUCACCAUUUUGGCUCAGAAGAAGAAGGACGUGUACCGCAGAAUUGUGGAGUCUGAUGUGGGCGACUCCUUCUAUAUCCGCACCCACUUUGAGUACGAGAAGGAGUCUCCCUACGGCCUGAGCUUCAACAAGGGCGAAGUGUUCCGUGUUGUGGACACCCUCUACAAUGGAAAGCUUGGCUCCUGGCUAGCAAUCCGAAUUGGAAAGAACCACCAGGAAGUGGAAAGGGGGAUUAUACCCAACAAGAACAGAGCAGAGCAGCUGUCUAGUGUGCAGUAUACUCUCCCCAAAACCCCUGGUGGUGACCGUGCUGACUUCUGGAGGUUCCGUGGUCUACGCAGCUCGAAAAGGAACCUUCGUAAGAGCCGAGAAGACUUGUCAGCCCAGCCAGUCCAAACCAAAUUCCCUGCCUACGAAAGGGUGGUGCUGAGAGAAGCUGGCUUCCUGAGGCCUGUCGUGAUCUUUGGUCCCAUUGCUGAUGUGGCACGGGAGAAGUUGGCCAGGGAAGAACCGGAUCUGUUUGAGCUAGCUAAGAGUGAGCCCAGGGAUGCUGGGACAGACCAGCGCAGUUCAGGAAUCAUUCGGCUACACACCAUCAAGCAGAUCAUUGACCGGGACAAGCAUGCGGUGCUGGACAUCACCCCCAAUGCAGUGGACCGGCUGAACUAUGCUCAGUGGUACCCUAUGGUGGUGUUCCUGAACCCUGACAGCAAGCAGGGGGUGAAGAACAUGAGAACUCGUCUGUGCCCUGAGUCCAGGAAGAGCGCCAGAAAGCUGUAUGAGCGUGCCCUCAAGCUGAGAAAGAACAACCACCACCUCUUCACCACCACCAUCAACAUGAACAACAUGAAUGAUGGCUGGUACGGCGCACUCAAAGAAACCAUCCAGCAGCAGCAGAACCAGCUGGUCUGGGUGUCUGAGGGCAAGGCGGAUGGAGCCACUGAAGAUGACCUGGACCUUCAUGAUGACAGGCUGUCCUACCUAUCUGCGCCCGGCAGCGAGUACUCCAUGUACAGUACGGACAGCCGGCACACGUCUGACUACGAAGAUACAGACACUGAGGGGGGUGCCUACACAGACCAAGAACUAGACGAGACCCUCAAUGAUGAGGCGGGCCCUCCUGCAGAGCCAGCCAUCACCCGCUCCUCCGAGCCUGUACGCGAUGAUCCGCCAGUGCUUCCCUCUGGCCCACCGCCUGGGUACCCCCCUGGCCGUGUUGAACCUGCCGGAUACAAGGCAGCCCUUCCCCAGCAGAAAGCAGAAGCCGCCCCAGACACCCCCUGCCUCCCCCAGUCGCCUGAGCCAGUGGCUGCGGCGGCACCCCCUGUUCACGUGGCUGUUGCUGGCCCUGAGGAGCCUCCUCCCGCUCCCCAGAAAGACUGCUGGCCCUCCCCUGAGCUAGCUCAGCCCCCGACACACCACCCCCACCAGUCCGGACUGCCCGGUUCAGAGGUGAAGACAUACAAAAAGGACCCAUACAGCCCUGAGGACCCAGUUAGACCGAACCAUGGGCUAAAGCAGCCACUGGCAACUGGACCUCCUCUGACCUAUGACCCCCAGCUCCCAUACCAGGACGAACAGCCAUACAGAGAUUACGAACAAGCACCGUACCGCUAUCGCGGUGGCUACCCAGAACCAAAGCCUGGAAGCUCAGAUUCGCAUCAACAUUUUGAGAACCGCGUGCCUCACUAUGAUGAACACUGGUCUGCCUACAAUGAGAAGUCGAAUCCUCAGGCUCCGAUGUACCAGCCAACCCGGCAGCCUUUCGAAAACCACCCUGAGCCACGUGCACCUUAUGAGGAUGGACCUGCUGGGCAUGAUUACAGCCCACAGCAGCCGUGCUAUGAUGAAGCCUCACUGAACUAUCCCGGUCGGCCUCGGUAUAGCAAGCCUGGUCUGGGACGCUAUGAGGACCUGCCUCCGCCCCCUCCAGGGGCCUAUGAUGUGCACACCCACCACAAUGCAGAGCCCCACGCUUUUCCACCAGGUGCUCCUCGCUCUCCAGAGCCCCCUAGGCAGUACUUUGUAGAGCAGCCAGGCCGACCUUCCUACAGCCAGGGACUGCAGACCCGUGGGUAUAAAGCACGAGAAUACGAGCCCUCCGUGAACUUGGACGCACCUUUGCCCCCACCUAAACCUGAAGUUCUCCCCUCACCCAGUGAAGCCAACGCGAUGCUACCACCACCCAAAGAUGAAUCAGAGGAUGACCCCGCUAUGAAGCCCCAGUCAGUGCUAAACCGGGUUAGGAUGUUUGAGAACAAGCGCUCUGGGUCAAUGGACCGUGAGAAGGAGGCAGGCGAGCCAGCUGCACUCAGGCCUGCAGAUGUUCCCCCAAAACCUGUUUCUCACCCUGCUUUGGUUCCUAAAGCCAACUCUCUGAGCCAUCUGGACCAAGAGAAGGCUGCAUACAGAGCACCUGAACAACAGAAGUCCCAUUCCAAGCCACCGGAGGACAUUGUGCGGUCUAACCACUACAACCCUGAUGAGGAUGAGGAGUAUUACAGGAAGCAGCUAUCCUACUUUGACCGGCGCAGUUUUGAGAGCAGGGUCCCACCUAUGUCAUCCAGUGACGUGGCUAGGCCGGGUCUGCCACAGACACAGCCGGCAUACGGCUACACAAGGACUGAGCCCUUGGACAAGGUGACCCCCAUAGAGAGGAAGUACGAGCCCCUGCCCCAGGUUACCCCAGCCGCUUCCCAGUACGCACCCCCAGCCACGCUGCCCAAGCCGCUCGUCAGUGUGAACGCCUUGCUAGAUUCCCAUGACUCUGUGAACCAGAACACACCAGUACUGAGGCCCAACAACUGUGAGGAGAUGGUGCAGAGCAGCUACCUGCCGCAGAAGAGCUUCCCAGAGAAAUCCCCUGUGAAUGGCAUUGAGCUGCCACCUGGAAAGCCCUAUGGUGCUCCAGCGACAUCCGGCUACAACCGCUACGUCCCCAAGCCUUACACCAGUUCUGCCCGACCCUUUGAGCGCAAGUUUGAUAGUCCCAAAUUCAAUCACAACCUGCUGCCCAAUGACACGCAGCCCAAGGCAGUCCUAAGGCCCAGCGGCCCAGUCAAUGGCACCAGCAAGCCCCUGGUGUCCCCACAGGCUGGAGAAGUGAACAAUGGGCUGGACAAUUUCAGAGGCAAUGUCGACAACAGGCCGAAGUACCAGCACAACAAUAUCAAUGCUGUCCCCAAGGCGAUCCCAGUCAGUCCCAGUGCUCUGGAAGAGGACGGGGAGGAUGACGGUCACACAGUGGUGGCCACAGCACGGGGUGUGUUCAACAGCAAUGGUGGGGUUCUGAGCUCCAUUGAGACAGGUGUCAGCAUCAUCAUCCCCCAGGGGGCCAUCCCUGAGGGCGUGGAGCAGGAGAUCUACUUCAAGGUGUGCAGAGACAACAGCAUCCUGCCACCGCUGGACAAGGAGAAAGGUGAGACUCUGUUGAGCCCCCUGGUGAUGUGUGGCCCCCAUGGCCUAAAGUUCCAAAAACCCGUGGAGCUGCGGCUGCCUCACUGUGCGUCUAUGACCCCCGACGGUUGGUCUUUCGCCCUCAAGUCCUCCGACUCCUCAUCGGGUGACCCCAAAAGCUGGCAGAAUAAAUGUCUCCCAGGAGACCCAAACUACCUGGUGGGUGCAAACUGCGUGUCCGUGCUCAUCGACCACUUUUGAUAAGGAGAACAGCUGGUCUGUUACUGUAUGGGCCGUGUGGGGAUGGGUGGGGCCUGCUGCUGAACCUGCUGACCUCUGCACUCUGACCUUGUUUACUGCAACUACCAAUACCAUAAGAGGACAGAGGCCCAUGUUCUCCUAAGUGCUUUUUUGGAAGGGAGGGGGGGUUUGUUGCUGAAAGGCUUGCAAAAAAUACAAACAACCAGAAAAAAAAAAAAAAACUAUAGAGCCCUCAUUGAAAUGCAUGCAAAGUGCCACAGACUGAUGGAUCAUGUUGCAAGACAAGUUUUCUUAUUCUCAACAAAAAGAUGAAAAAAAAAAAUGCUUUGUUAAGCUUUUUUCCAUAAAUUAGGAUAUAAAAUAGUGGAUGUAUGGGAGGGUGUGUAUUACGUGUGUCUGGGUGUGUACUUACAUAUGCCCGCACAUAAUACAUACGUGUAAAUGCAAGAUCUUAGUGUGAAAACAGCAUCUUCCUUUUCUGUAAUGAUAUUAACUGGGUAAUAGAUUGAGGGGUGAAGCAUUUGAGAGUAUUCAUUUUCUCUUUUGACCGAUUUGUAAGGGUUUCAUACUGCUGUGCCAGAAAGAAAGGUGGAGAUGACCACAUGCAUCUUGAAGACUUUAGCUAUCAAUAAAUCCAAUAAAACAAUGAAGCUGUAUGAAUGAAUUUCACAAUCCAGCUUGUACCUCCUACCAAGGUUCUCUGUUUUGAAUUCCUCCUUGAGCAGUAAUUUACAUUCAGUAAGUAUAGACUUUUUUGUAAUAUUGUUUUAAUUAAUUUUAGCAUCGGAAUUCUCCUGCUGUCUCGAGAUCUAUGCAUGUGCUAUUUGACUCAGGUCCAGAAGCCUGCUCAGUCCCUCACAUAAAAUACACAUCUUCAACUGACAAGCAGUGAUGCCUUAUAUAGAUAUCAACUUUUUCCAUUUCUUUUUAAGUUCAGUUUUGAAAAGAUAGCAACGUUGUCUGCCAUUGUACAAGUCAACUCAAAUAGUUUAGCACACAAGUCAUGGAAGCUGACAAUGAAGGUAUGCUCUCUACUCCUGCUAUGCAUAUGAAGUCAAAAGAGGAAAAAGAACAAAAAUAUCUCGUGUGUGUAUGUAUAUAUACAUAUAUAAAUAUAUAUGUGUAUAUAUAAAUAUAUAUAACAUUGUUGAAAUGAUGGCUGUACAUGAUGCUUGCAUAUGGCCUUGGUUAUUGGUUUGUAAAGGAAAUUUUUGUACUUUGUUAUUUUGUAUAAAAUAAAUGGAAAAAGUUUUCUUAAGACAAAAAACAAGGAAUAAAAUGAAAUUGGUUGUUUGUAUUCUGGUCAUACCCCUUAAGCCUUGCAACUUAUGUUGUGGCAGUAAUGAAUCCAACUUUUCUACCAGAAUAUACACACUACAUAAACAUUUUUAACAGUCACAAAGACCUUUUUAUGCAUAUUUACAAAAACUGCGCUUGGUUUGAAGAACUUAAAACCUGUACUUUAACAUGGUUGGCUGCAGAAAGCUCUCCCUUUAUUUCUUUGUGAUAAUGGAUGCAGUAUUGUGUGCCCUGAAAUGUAUUUUUGUAUCAAUAGACUAUUAUUAUGGCACAGCAAUACUAUUUUCAAUUAGAUACGACAACACAGCUUCAAUAUUAACGUUUAUUCACUUGUGGCUGACAUUUUUUUUUAAAUUAUUUUAUUUUUUAUGUUCUUUGCAACACAUUUCUUAAUAUACUACUGUAUUAAUAAAAUCAUUUUAAAGU